AGAGAGGGUAUCGGAGAGACGGAGUCUGAGACAAGAGACAAGAGCCAAGCAGCGGUGGGGCCAGCAGCAGAGCAGAGCAGCAAAAAAGGGUGCACAGUGGCCUAAUUCCUAAUCUCGUAAUGGAUGAAAUGGACAAAAGGGCCCGUCUUUGUACCUUGGUCUGUUUUGGUACGAGCCUCUACGUGAUUGGCCUCGCUGCCAUCGAAAUUGCAGUGGGUCAGGGUCUGUGCUCCCGCAUUUUGACCCGUCUGAGUGCCAGACUCGAGCCGUCACCGCCUGCCUUUGGCAAUCGACGGAUCGAGGUCACUGAAAUUUUGGUCUUUUUUGGCGUCCGAUCCGAAGGAGCUUUUCCUCCACACUAGGGAGGGAGUCUAUGCUGCAGCAUUAGUCCGAGCUGCAUUCCCCGUGUCUCUUGUGGACCGCCCCAGCAGGCAAGCCCAGCCAAAGGGCAUGGGACAAGGAGAGGGCUUCACAGUGAGCUGAACCUUGAACGAGAUUUAGGGGACAAGACACGGCAGUACGGGAAAGGACACGAACACUGACUGGCUCGAAUCGCCAUCGUCGACUGCGAUGGAGCUCUUUCGCGACCCAUUCAACCACUCGUCCACUGUCAAUGUCCAAUCGUGCCCGCUGGAACAUUGUCACCUCUGCAGCAGAUGGCAGAUGUCAAGCACUGCCUGUCGGGCCUUGCAGGGUCUGAUGCUUUGAAUUCUUCUAUGCUCGAAUCCGGCGCAGCAGUGCCGACCCCCACACCUCCACCCACAGUUACCAAUUCUAGGAACAGCAAACAAGUAUCGAUCAGCUGAAAGAUAGUAAAUCCAAAACUUCAAUGAAUUUCUUCAAUGAAGUCUUGCUCCUUGGUCCAGAUCUCAACCCCUCCAUCCGACACGCAUUUGCGGCAAGCCUGGUCUUCUGAUCUUUUCCUGCACAGUAAGAUGUGGCUCCUCAGAUGCAAGGUCUGGCACCAUCCUGGACCUGGGAGUGAGAUGGGAUGGAUGCAGGCUGGUCUGUAGAUCACAGCAAGAUAAGAGGAGCUGCUGGUAGAGUCCGAUGGAUGGAAGAACGGACUGUUCAGGAGGUAGAAUCAAGGAUACUGGAAAUGUUUUCGAAUCUUGAGGGAGGUGGCAUCAGGCAGGCAUAGCUCCUACAGGCUCAUCGCAGUGUGACAAAGGAAGAUUCCUGCACUGUGCGAUGAUUGAGUGAAUGAGCACCUAGGCUUGUCAUGUAGCGGCCCAAAGGGUGUCCAUGAAAGGAUUUGGCUGUAGCAGUGGCACUAUGCAUGGGCGGAUUCGUAUACUGCUGUGUUUGUUUGUUUGUGAGUGUGUGGGUGGAUGGAUGGUGGGAGGAGUGACUUUAGGCGACUGGCGGCACAGACAGAUUGGAUCCGGUUGUUCUGAAGAGAGUGUAUCAUAUUUGUGAGCAGCCUCGUUUCUCCGAGACAGUCCUCACGUACUUCAUUGUUGCUUAAGGUUCCAUGUCCACGUACCUCCUCCUCCUCCUCGUCUUGGAACUUCUGUCCAUUGAUACGCGUGGUGCAUUCGGCAGAGUCUCCUGACCCAUAGUGCUACUUCUGUGCACUUGCUGCCUCUCAUCUCGUCGUCUUACAACGUUGGCCGGCUGAUUGUAAGCUCCCUUGCCGGCCAGGAUCCGGUACACGUGCUCUUGCCACUCCUCUCAUGUCUGCUCGCUUCCUAUAUCUAGCUCCCCCUCCCAUUUUCUCUUCCUAUGGGGUGUGGUGUCAACGACAGCAGCAGCGCCAGUAGCACUUUGCGCCGAGCAGGUGCCUGAUCAGAGCAAGAACCGCACUGCAUGGCACAUCGGAAACUGCACUACACUGACAGGAUGUGGACCGUACGAGGCACAGAUCUCGAUGCAAAUUUGAAUCAUGACGGAUACGAUCCGACAGUGAGUCCAACAACACCUUUACAAUUCGGCAGUCCUGCAUCCAACAAGCGACUCGGGGUCUACCCUCGAAGCCAGUCGAUGAAUGGACGAAUACAGAAAUCCAACUUCUUUCGGAGUCAGUCAUUCAACGGUGGAGCCAAAGGUGUUAAAGCAACGUACCGUGGUCACCACUCGGAUAGGCCUCAAACUCAACUGCUCAACUACAUGAAUUCUAGUGGCAUGGAUCAACAGAAGGUGGUUCUGAUGCUCGAGAAACUCAGAGAGAUGUAUGCCGCAAGUAGGGAUCAGCAAUUGCAGCAGCUGCAGCAGCAGCAACAACAGCAACUAGCUUCUGAUCACAGCAGCCAAGUGAAAUGCUCCCCUCCUCGCACACCCUUGCGCAUGGACGAUCCACCCGUGGAAGCCUCAACAAUAGCCUUGCUUCAGCAGAAGUUUGCUCAGUUGGAGAGGUAUAAAGAAUCUGUCCAUGGUCAGAAUAUCCAGCUCUACCCGUUGAGUCAGAAUCCUGAGAGUACUCAACACCAGCAAGCAGCACCUCCCUCCAACACCCGCAGUGGCUUCUACUAUCCAGUGGACGAUACAUUAGCAGCUGCAGCACAGCAACAGGUUUUUUUAUCCCUGUCCAGAUCGACCGCGGCCAAGUCUACAGGAAUUGCGGAUGAGUCGUGGGAGUUCUCAGAUGCUUAUCCGAAGCAACAGGCUGAUAGUGUUCCGUCCGGGCCCAAAGAUGCCCCGAACUCUCCCUGCUGGUCCAGAGACACCAGCAGGCCUACUGCUUCUAACAAUUGCAAAUUUGCUGCAGCUGAUAACAUGAACGCUUUGCUCCACUACAUGCUGCUACAGCAACAACAGCCGCCCCAGCCACCGUCCAUGACUAGGGCCAACUGUAACAGCGUUCACCAGCAGAACCUCACAGCGUUCCAGAAGAUGGACCUGUCCGGAGCUAUGAUGUCAGGACCAGGUGCAGGAAGGGAGCCCAUGUUUUCUUCCGCUCGAGACUCGACAUCACCUGAGCUUGGGCUUGAUUUCGGUGGCUUCAAGGAACCUGUCAUGACCAACAACACCAACAACGUAAAUAGUAGCAGCGGCAGUAGUGGCAACUUUCUCUUCUCUACCAGCAGUCCUCUGCACAUAGCUGCAACGAGAGCGACAGCAGCCAAGCAGCUCCCAGAGGGCUGGGGCGAUGGGCUCAGUCUGCUGACGCGCACACCGACUUCGUCACCUGCUUCUUCUGGUGGCUGGGGGAGUGAGGCUUCCGAUGCAUGGCGCAGCAGCAGCAGUAGCAGCAGUGAGUCCAUUCAUGAACGCGAACUUUACACCGAUCCUAUUGAUACUUCUCUUCACUUAUGAGUUCCCAUAUCACGGAUGGAUGGAUACCUGUUGUAUAUUUAGCUUCGAAUGUUGCUCCCAGCCUUCUUGUACUAUACUAUUCUUCUCCAUCUCCAGGCGGGAUAUAACUGAACUGAACUGGACUGGACUCAAAUCUUACACUUUUUGGAUUAAGGCGAGCUUGUUGCAGUAAUAUUUUUCUAUCUCCUUGGUCUUGACAUGCCGAUGCUGACAAAGAAGAAUCCCUCACGUACCAGCCUCGGGUUGUACUUUUCUAGAGAUGUUCUCUUUCCUCGCCGAAGAGGAGCAGUUGUAGGAGUACGAGUUUGACAACUCGUUGAUGAACUCAUCACUUCGUAGCCCAUGUCCUCAAGAGGAUGUGAUGCAUCGAUCCAUUUUUGACUUCAGCGAGCUUCGCAUGACAACCGUGCAAGCAUACAUAGUUGUGAGUGAGUUGAGACCCUUAUGAUCAGAUGGGCCUCCAAAUUCUGUAUCAUAGACAACUGUGAAGCAAGAUCGUUAAGUGAACAUGUUUCAGCAACCGAUCCGUUCCUCCCGGAUCGGUUAACUUCUUGUCAUCAUGGCGACAGUGGUCAGCUGAAUCUCUGACUCUGCCCGUCCGUGUCGAACACUUUAGAAGACACUUCCUGUCCGGUGACCAGAAACAUAAGCUGUGUCGACUUCGAUUUCGACUUCGACUUCCUGUAACGCAUAUAAAUUUUAUUUUCCUGUAAAAUGCUGAUCCCUCAACUGCACCGAGUAGCUGCUUCCCCAUCACCAGAGCUGGUAGAUGAUCAUCUUCGUUCAUUUUCUUCACUCAGUCUUGACGAUCCGAAAGCUUCUGUUUGGAAAUAGGUAUAGUACCCAGAUGUAAUAUUCUUGGAACGGGUGACAAAGGCUUGUCCUUCAAAUUUGUACAUAGCAAUCAGCUUACCUCAGCUGGAAGUGAAUUCACAUCGAAGCUCUGCCAGGGUGGACGAGAAAGUGCCAGUAUUGAAUACAGAAGAGUAUCGCAUUGGCGGAUUUGAUGCCAUCAUUAGGAAUCCUUUUUCUUUUUCUGUAAUUUUCAGAUCAUGAUCAUCGUAGUUCGGCUGGUCUGUAUGUAUCUGCCACCUUCUGAGAGGGAUUCGCCGGAGCCAGAUACUGGGACGUUGACCAAGUGUACUAUGUGAAAGUAAUAUAAGAGUUG